AUGUACCUCACCAGCGUUUCCUUUUCUUCAGGUUGCUGCUGUGGAGCAGAGAAUGUGGAGGCCCCGACGGAGCAGGUUUCCGUAAGAGUGUCACAGGCCAGGAAUCCCAGGAGAGCCUUGUCUUCCCGGAAGAGCCACCCCUGUGGCAGUUGUGGGCCAGUCUUGAGGAAGAUCUUCCAGCCGGUUGAACGGAAGGAAACCCAGCACAGCCGGAUACUGUUGAGGUGCGGGGCGUGUGCAAAAGGAUUUUAUUUCAGUGCAAAAUGUGACCAGCACCAGGAGCAGCAUCCGAGAGAGAAGCCUUUCCUCAGAGAUGUGGACAGGAUCUCACCUGCGAGGGGCUGUGAUGUUCGCGUGUCACAUAAACCUUUUACCUGUGGGGAACAAGACCUGUUUACCGGGUCAGGACACCUACAGCAACAGGCCACUCACACCAGGGAUCGAUCCAAUGAAAUCUUGACAUCCGGGCCGAGUUUUCAAAGCAGAAAUGGUGAUCGCAUGAGGAAAGAAUCUAAUAAAGCCAUUGGCAGCAUCCACGCCUUUGUUCAGGACAAGAGCGUUUGUCCUGGAAGACAGCGUUUAGUGAGCCAGGAAUGUGGACAAGGUUUCAGCGAAAUUUCCGCUUUUCACUGUCAUCAGAGAGCUCACUCCGGAAAAAGACGUUACGAGUGUGGUGAGUGUGGAGAGUGUGGGAAGUCUUUUUCAAGGAUCUAUUACCUUCCUUCUCACCAGAGAGUUCACACUGGAGAAAGGCCUUACGGGUGCAGUGAGUGUGGGAAGUCUUUUUUCAGUCGCUCUGGCCUUCAUUACCAUCAGAGGUUUCACAGAGGAGAAAGGCCGUAUGAGUGCAGUGAGUGUGGGAAGUCUUUCAGCUGUAGCAGUGCCCUGUGCAGUCAUCAGAGACUCCACACUGGAGAAAGGCCUUAUGAGUGCAGUGAGUGUGGGAAAUCUUUUACUGGUAGUAGCGGCCUCCGUAGUCAUCAGAGAGUUCACACUGGAGAAAGGCCUUAUGAGUGCAGUGAGUGUGGGAAAUCUUUUUUCAGUCGCUCUGGCCUUCAUUACCAUCAGAGAUUUCACACAGGAGAAAGGCCUUAUGAGUGCAGUGAGUGUGGGAAAUCUUUCAGCUGUAGCACUGCCCUCCGCAGUCAUCAGAGAGUUCACACUGGAGAAAGGCCUUAUGAGUGCAGUGAGUGUGGGAAAUCUUUUAGCUGUAGCAGUGGCCUCCGCAGUCAUCAGAGAGUUCACACUGAAGAAAGGCCUUAUGAGUGCCUUGCAUGUGGAAAGUCUUUUAAGAAUAGCAAUGGCUUCCAAUAUCAUCAGAGGUUUCACACUGGAGAAAAGCCUUACGAGUGCAAUGAAUGUGGGAAAUUUUUUAUCAAAAUCCAAGGCCUUCAUCGGCAUCAGAUAGUUCACACUGGAGAAAAGCCUUACGAGUGCAAUGAAUGUGGGAAAUCUUUUUCAAGAAAGGAAUACCUUCGUUAUCAUCAGAGAGGUCACAGCGGAAUAAGGCCUUAUGUGUGCCGUGAAUGUGGGAAAUCUUUUACAAGUAGCACUGGCCUCCAUUAUCAUCAGAGAUUGCACACUGGAGAAAAGCCUUAUGAGUGCAGUGAAUGUGGGAAGUUUUUUACCAGUAGAAGUGGCCUUGUACAUCACCAGAGAGUUCACACUGGAGAAAGGCCUUAUGUGUGCCCUAAAUGUGGGAACUCUUUUACUAGUAGCAAUGGCCUUGUAGGUCAUCUGAGACGUCACACUGGAGAAAGGCCAUGA